AUGACCAAUCUUCAUAACACAACAGCAUUGACGGAAUUUACUCCUCUAAGUCCUGAUCGUGAACAAUCGGCUGUUGGUUCAUUCAUUUCCAAAGUAUUUAACUUUAAAACAAGACCAAUAAAUGUUGACGAUGAUAGUACCAAAGUCAAGACUCAACUGCUUGUAAAUGAUGUAAAUAUAUUUUUAUUAAAAUAAAAUCUUAAUUUUAAUUUCUAAAUUGCAUACUUAUUAAAAACUUUAAAUUUAAAAUAUAACAAUUAAUGUCACUUAUCUUCUUAAUUGUAUGUAUUGUAUAAAAGUAAUUAUUGAUGAAUAGUAUUUUGCAUAAUCUAACAUAUAUUAUGAUUUAUAUAAUUUGGAGGACCAAACAAAAAAAGGUACUUUGGAUUCUUCGCAAACUCUCGAGACCAUUGACUCAAGAAAUUUACCAAAUAUUUUAAAAAGAAUCUCUAGUUUAAUACCAAUUCGAUCAGUAGUAAGUUUAAUUCAUUGAAACAACUAUAUUUACUUAUCUUAUAAUAAUUGACAUUUUUAUUUGAAAGGAUUAUUCAACUUGCAAAAAUAAUGAUUUAAAACAGUAUUGGAUGCCUGAUUCUGUGAGCAAAGAAUGUUAUGAGUGUUGCGAAAAAUUUACAACUUUUCGAAGGCGUCACCAUUGUAGACUAUGUGGACAAAUUUUUUGUUCAAAAUGUUGUAAUCAAGAAAUACCAGGGAAAAUAAUGGGUUGUUCUGGUGAGAUAAUUUUGUAUUUAAUUUAAAUUUUUAUUUUUAAGUACUUUAAAUAUUAUUGUAAUUUUUAAAUCAACUGCAUUACAUAUACCUAUAUAUUUUUUAUAUUUAAUGUAAUAUUAUGUAUAAUUGUAUCUCUAUAAGUAUUAUUCUUCGCGCUGUUUUAUGUUAAAAUUGAAAUGCUUUCUUGACAUUAAAAUAAAAUAAUAAUAAUAUAUAUAUUUAUAUAAUCAGAAGUCGUUAAGUUGUAGUGGUAAAAAUAUUACUUUUAAAAAUGCCUAAGUAGUGUCAGACUUCAAAGGCCCCUAAAUUAAUUACCUUUUGUUUUUAGUACAAUUAAAUAAAAUUGUUUAUCACUAUGACACUAUUUACAGGUGGCAAACCGAUAAGAAAUUUAUUAAUAUAAUUAAAUAGCCCACGGGUAAAGUGUAUAUGAGUUUUUGUAUAAUUUAUACAUUGUUUUAAUUUCAUAUUACAAAAUUAGAUCAAUGAAUAUUUAAGGAGGUUAAAAAUGUAUGAAUUAUGAAUGCAAAUCUUGUUAGCAUAGAAAAAUAAAAUAUAAAUUGAACUAAAUUGUCAUUUGAAUAAAUUAAUUGGUACUUUCCAUGACUUCUCCAUUUCUAUGAUUAUUUGUUCAUUGUGAAUUCCUAAUUUAACAAAAAAUUAAAAUUAAAUUAAUUUUAUAAUGUAAGACAACAAAAAAAUAGCUUUGGUUUUUCUAUAAAAAAUAACUAGAUUAUAAUAUAAUUUAAAUUAUUUGAAAAUGUAUAUUCCUGAUGGUCAUUUAGCAAGGAAACUUUUAUUUAAAUUUGACUUUUGUCAUUUAAUCAAGUUCUAAAUAUUUAUAAAAAUACUAAAUUUUGAAUUAUAAAUAUGCAAACCAGCAUUAAAAAUUCUGUUACUAAAAUUAAAAUAUAAUUGCUACUAAGUGCUAUUCAACUUUACAAUUUAUGUUUUAAUAGGAGGCCUUCGGGUUUGCACAUACUGUUGCAAAGUUGUAUUGUCCUACUUACAGUCAACUGCAAAAAAUACGGUAUUAUCUCCAGAUUUAUUACAUCUUAAAAAUGAACUAUUAAGUAAUGUAUCUACCAAACAUUUGGAAACUAAAGUUGAAAUAAUAAACUCUCCUAGUAGAAAGAUUUCUAUCGGUUACCAAGAAGAGAAUUUUGCAUUACCUGGGUAAAAUUAUAAUUAUAUAACUAUUACCUAAACUGAUUAUUUUUGAUUUUUUAACUAAACUUUAAAAUAUAAAAAUAAUUAUUAAUUCUUAUUUUUACUAGGUCAAGUACAUUAAGUAGACUAUCGCCAAAUGCAAUUGAUUCAAAUGUGUCUGAAAAUCUCAAUAACUUAUUCAAAGAAAUUACUCAAGUUAAUGGUGGAAUAAGUUUGAAAACACACCGGUAUCAUUUAAGAAGUUACCAUUCAUGUUUUCUUGGAUUGAAUUUAAUUGAUUGGCUUAUAAAUCAUGGAAAAGUAUCUAGCAGGUAAUAUGCAUCAAUUUGUAUAUUUUGAGAAAAAAUGUCCUAAUUAUUUUUAACUUGAUAUCACUUGUGCAGAGUUAAUAUUUAUCUCAGACAAACUUGAAUGCAUUUAUAAAACCAGUGGUGGACUGGAACAUUUAGGGCUCCAGGAUGCGCUUUAUGUUAGGAAACUAUAAGUAGAAGAACUCCUUAAAAGUAUUAUGCUCCAAAUUUUUAUUUUAUUCUUUUCAUUUUUAUAUUUAUAAAUACAUUAUUCUCAUGUUAUAAAAAAAAUUGACUGAGAUUAUGGAUCUGGAAAGUAACAUCGAAGGAUUUUUCUGAGAGAACAAAAAAGUAAAAUUAUCUAUAAAUGUUGAAGAAAAGCUGAAACACUUAGUUUACCUGUUUUUUUCUAAAUUGCCUAAAAGCAUUUUUUUUAUUUUAAACGAUAAUAUAAUAUUAAUAAAUAUAAAUCAAUAGAAUUAAUUAUUCAUACAAUGCAAUAUAUAUAUACACAAAACUUGUGUGGGGUUUUACUUCCAGUGAAGCAGCCCCAUUCUUAAUAUAAAUCAAAUGGCUUCAGUCGUUUGAUGUCCUGCGAGUUGCUGAGGAGUUAUAUAGUAACCGUAUUUGUGUGAAGCUCCAGAUUUUUGCAUGACAUCGUAUUAUUUCGAUAUUGGAUUUACUGGCACAACCCCACAAUUAAAUACCAUAAAUCCAAAUCGGUUUAACAAUCGAUACAUACAAGAGACGUUUGCUGGUUAAGUCUAGCUCGGAGUGUCGUCAAACUAGUCAGUACAGUUUGUGCAUUUUUUGUUUGAUUUACAACUUUUUCUGGCGUACAUGAUGUUUCCAGUUAAGUCGUGAGUCAAGGUGCAUUCCCNUGUGAAGUAUUACAUAAGAUGUAGUUAACGUGCACUGACUUAUCUUCAUUAAUUUUUAUUUCCCAUCGUUUCGUCCAGUUGUAAACGGUGUUGAUUGUCGUUUGUAGAAUCUCAGUUGCAGCUUGUUUGUCCUUCCUUGUUGAUAGUAUUGCCGUGUCGUCGGCGAACAAUCAUUGUAUUGUCGAGCUAUCAUUGUAUUAUAGAGUAGGUACAAAAUAGAUCUGAGAACGCUACCUUGAGGUACUCCAGCUGAUAUAUUCUUCCAAUUAGUUAUCACUUCUUCGUAUCUGACGCGAAAAUGUCUUUCAGCCAGAUAUGAUUUAGGGAGUGCGCACCGUGUGUGCGGAAGCUGCUCACGUAGUUUUAACUAUAGGCCUUUGUGCCAAUCUUUGUCAAAAGCUUAGACUACAUCCAGGAAUACUCCACAGCAAUAAUUUUUCUCUUCCAACGCCUUACUGAUCACAUUCAUUAUGUGAUGAACUUGGUUGAUAGAGGAGUGUUUUGUACGAAAUCCAAAUUGGUGAUCUGGUAUAAGUUGCUUUGCUUUAAUAACUGGGUUAAGACAUUUGAGAAGAAGUUUUUCAAAUAGUUUUUACAAGCAUGGUAGAAGCGAUAUUAGUCUAUAGGAGGAGGUUUGUUAAGUUUACCUGUGUACAAAUAAAAUAGCUUUUAAAUACCAUAAUACAAAUCAAAUAACUUUAUAAAACAAAUAUGAAUAUUAUAAAAUCAAUGAAAUCUGUAAUGAUAAAUCAUUGCUAACAAAAAUAUGAUUCUGAGCAGAGUUCAGUUGAUAGUGUUGCUUUGUUAAAAAUAUAUAAUAUUAUAAUCAUAUUAUAUUAUAAUAUUAUAAUAAAAUAAUUACAUAUGCCUUAUAUAUUUUCUUUAAUAAUAUUUGUUUAAUAUUGUACCAAUUUUCUUGGUGUUCCUUAGUUUUUUUCCAGUUUUUCCAAUAUAUAGAGAUAACUCCUGGUAAAAACAAAUGAUCUCUGUAAAGUACCACACACAUCAGAUUUCCUUUCAGGAAAAGUGCUAUCAUAGGUAAAUAUGAACAAAAUUGCUGAUAGGAAAGUUGUCCACAGAAAAUAAAUUAAUAAAUAAACAUCAUUGUAAAACCAAUACAUUCUUCACUUCAUUCAGAUUCUAAAAUAAUACUAAAUUGUUAAUAGAUACAAAUAAAUGUAUGACUUUAAUACUUAAAAUAAUAAUAUUAAAAAAAAGUAAAAAUAAAUAGGAUAAUCAUAAUAUUAUCAUUUUGUCAUUUGUUUCCAAUCGAAUUGAUAUUUGAAUUGAGUUGGGACAUCAAGAUCACAGUUAAUGAUAUAACAAAGGCUUAAAGAUAUGGUUUAAUAAGGUUUUAAUAUAGUUCUGAAACUUUAAAACUGCAAUACUGAACAUUUUAGGAAUAUUUAUUAUUUUCGGUCUUCUCCAUAGCCCUUCAAAUAUUUAUACUUCUGUGUUAUUAAUUAAAUAAAAAAAUGUAGUCUUGCUUUUCAAAUUAAGUCAUUAGUUACAUCUUUAAAAAAAACAUAGUCAUUAAUAAAAUUUAAGUAAAGAUUAAUGAAAUAAAAUAAUUUGCUUAAAAACAUUAUUUAAAUUUUUUGUAUAAAAUACCAAUCAAUAUAAUAACUUUGUUGAAAGUAAAUUAGAAUUCUCAACAAAUUCAUUUAAUACUUUCAGAGCUGGGAAUUUUAUUAUUUUCAAUACAAAUAAGUACCUAGUUAAGUUUCCAAAAGUUCUUGCCCUAAUGAAAUUGUUAAAGUAGGCAUGUUAUAAUAUAGUAUAUAAAUACAAAAUAUUAGUGUGAAUCACGAUAGUAAUAGACCAGGUUAAGUACACCUAGGGAGCAUUUUGAUUCCUUAAGGAUCAGUAAGUUUUAAGGAGGUGUUGGAGGCAUGAGCUUUUAAAUGUAGAAUGGUGAUGGAAAAAUAAAAAAGCACAAGCAACAUUCAGAAUAGUUACCUAUACUUGGAUCUAGGAUUGGCCAAGAUUCAUAUUAUACUUGGUAUAAAGAUAGAUAAAUGAAAAAAUAAAACCCAGUAAAAAGCAUUAGCAGUCAGUUAUAUCGGUAAAGAGGCCUUGAAACAAAAAUGGUUAAGAACCUAUUGGGUAUCGAUAAAGAUUAUGAGCAAGGCAGUAUCUAAAUAGAGGCAACAGAGGGCAGUUUCAUUUUUAUUUUUUUUAAAUUUAAAAAAAACGUAGAAUAAAAGAGGUUGGGAACCACUACUGUAAAUAGUUAGUAGAUAGUUUUGAUAAAUUUACUCAUUACUUCAUUUGUUUUACAAACAUUUUAUUUUAGGUUUUCAUUAAUUUACUAGAUUUAAUAUUAAUAUUUUAAUUAUAAUGAUAUUUUAUUAUACCAUGUUUAUAUAUUAUACUAUUAUAUAUUUAUAUAUUUAUUUUUAAUUGAUAUAUAUGUAUUUAAUUUAAUCAAUAAAAUAAAUUUAUAACAGUUUUUAAUUGUGACUUUAGAAUAAUGAAUAAUUUAUAUUAUGUAACCCUAAAAUUUAUUUAUGGAUACAUAAAAAAAAAACUCUGGUAUACAUUUUUACUCUGUGACAUCAAAAAUCACAAAAGUAAUCACAACUUAAUUUUUACUUAAAAUUUAUUACAAUUUAACAAACCUAUUAUGAUUUUUUUUUUAAAAUAGCUAAUAAUAGAAAUAGGCUAACAUAUAUUUUAAAAAUAGAGUAGUGUGGAAAGAUAUUUUGAUUUAACCAAAUUUUAAAAUGACUUAUUUCAAAAAUUUUUUAGAAUGCAUGGUAUANAGUUAUUUGUAUAAAUUUAGUUCGGUACUUCCAAACCAGUCAAACAAAUUUGUGAAAGACCCUACAAAAAUUAAAACACUUAGUAAUUAUUAUUAAUAUAUAAUGUAAAACCUAAAUAAUGGUUUUAUUAUUCAACAAAUAUAUUUUACAAUAGAAAAACAAAGUUCAACUGUUUCCAAUGAAAGUUUUAAAUUAGACUUUGAUCUUCAUAAUAACACAGUUCAAAUGUCCAAGCGUAUUGUCCAAAAAAAAACAAAUUCAGGUGAUAUUGUAUAAAAUUAAUACAUACUAAUUUUGCCAGUGUAAUUAUUUUAUUUUAAAAUAAUAUAAUUUUAGUUGUUGAACUACGACCUAUUGAUAUAUUGAUAAAACAAUUAUUGGAUACUAUUAAUAAUACCUACCAGCUGAACAAUUUUGAUACUAUAAAAAAUUGGAGUAUCCCCGAAAAACUGAGCAAUUGUAAUAACGAGGCACAUAUUUUUAAUCAUUUAACGUUAGUAUCUUUAUUAUUAUUAUCUACUACAAUUAAAAAUAAAGACAUUAUUUGUCUUUAUCAUUUAAUAAUUAAUAAUUACUAAUUUUUAAUAUUAUUUAUGAACUUAUAUUUUUAUACAUUUUAGAAAUAUAUUUGAAGAUCAUAAAUUAAACUUUGUCAAACAAAUAUUGGAUAAAAAUGGCCUCUCUAAGAAUUGGGUGGAUACCUUAUUAGCUCUCUCUGAUUUAAUUAUUAAGGAACUGAAACCAGGUUUAUCUACAAAUUCAGGAAAUAUGAGUAUUUGCCAGUAUGUAAUAUUUUUAAUGUACAUUAUUAUUAGAAAUUGAAAACUUUAAAAAGUUUAAAUUGAUUAAUUUCAUAACAAAAAAAUGAAAAUAAAAAUCUACUGGAGCAAAAUUGAAUUAAAAUGCCAUAAUUAUUUUAUUUAAUAAUUAAUUUAGUUUUGAAUGUUGACUUGCCUAAAAAAUGUCUGACUGUUUGUAAUUUCUGAGUAGUUUUAGUAAUUAACUUCUGCCUUUAUCAAUCAUUCAUUAUCAUAAUCCCUUGUAGCCACAAAAGGUAAAAUUAAAUUCUAUCGUUUUAAAUUGUUUUUACUUUACUAUCUUCAAAACCAUAAUCAAAUUAAUUAUUACUAGGUACCAGAUUUAUAUGUAAUUAAAAUUUAACUAAUUAAAAAUAAUUUUAGAACACUCCAAAACAAAAUAAUUUUUUUCAUACAAAAUGUAUAUAUAAUAAAAAAAAAAAUAAAUACUUAUGUUAAUCAUUUUUUAAUAUCAGACAAUUGUAUUAUAGAUUUUUAAACCUUUCCACAAUUUACUUUUAUAAAUAUUUAAAAAAUUGUAAUGCUUUAUUGACAAUUUUAAGUGCUUUUUUGUGGAUUUUAAGUACAUAAUAUAAAUGUAUUACUUAAUUAUUACAUUUAUAAGAAUUAAAACUCAUAUUUUAUAUAAAAACUAAAAAUUCUUAAAUGAUUUAAUGUUUAAAUAAUUAAAUAAUUUAUUUUUCUACAGAUUAUAUUAAAUUUAUUACUACUUAACUGCAUGUCUGCCUUGUAUUAAAAAAAAAAAAACAUCAUUUUAAUUCCUCAUUUCUAUACAAAAUACAGGAAAUUAUUAAUUUAUUUUAACCAUAAAAUAAUGUGUAGGUAAUCAAUAGUUAUAUUUAAUUUUACUGUUUAAUAUUCAUAUAUAUGUUUAUUUGUACAUUCAAUAAUUAUAUUGCUAAAUAUUUAAAAACUAUAAAUGACAUUGUUGAAAUAUAACUUUCUUUUAUUUUGAUAACAUUUUUUUUUAAAUUUAUUUUAGCUAUUUACAGAUUAAAAAAAUAGAAGGAGGUGACCAGAGUGAUAGUUGUAUUGUUAGUGGUAUUGUAUGUUCAAAAAAUAUUGCAAACAAAAAAAUGGCAUCCAGAAUAUUUAGACCAAAAAUUUUACUCCUUCAGUGUUCCAUCAUUUAUCAACGUGUUGAAGGGAAAUUAUUAUCAUUGGAACCUGUUAUAAUGCAAGUAAGUAAGUUGAUAUUUUUUUUAAUACAUUUUUAUUUUACCUAUGACUGUAUGUAUUAUAGGAGCAAGAUUACUUCAAAAAUAUUGUAAAUCGUAUUGUAUCAAUGAAACCAGAUAUUAUAAUGGUACACAAAUGUGUAUCUAGAAUUGCGCAAGAACUUUUUAAUCAGAACGGUGUUACAUUAGUAUUAAAUGUUAAAGAGUCUGUUUUAGAACGCAUAGCGCGAUGUACAGGUGCUGAAAUAUUACCUUCUGUUGAUGCACAUAUGGGAAAACCAGUACUAGGAACAUGCGAACAGUUUUAUGUAGAAAAUUUUGAAAACAAAGCAUUAAUGUUUUUUGAAGGAUGUCCAGUACCAGAAAAAGGAUGUUCAGUUUUACUUCGAGGGUGUACAAUUAAACAAUUAACAAUAUUAAAAACUAUACUCAGACAAUUAGUAUUAAUGAUUUAUAACUGGAAAUUAGAAAAAUCUUAUAUAAUGGAUCAAUUUGCAUCACCUUUAAUGGAAUUUAACCAUUUAAGUGAUACCUGUUUAGUUAAUGACCAAAGUUUUAAAAUUUUAUCAAAUGAAAAUAUUAUUGACAAUUUAGAGCUGUUUGAAGUGAAUAAUUUAUGUGUUUUAACUGAAAUUGAACAGGACAAUAAAUUUCAAAACCAUUUAAAUUCUACAAUACUCUCAUUAUCACCAGUAGUCAGUGUAUGUGAACAGAAUAAUAAUAAUUAUAAUUAAUUUAAUUUAAAACUUGUAUUAUUUAGUUUUCAGUACCAUUUUUGGAAUCGGAUAUUGGAAAAAAAUGUAAAUUGCGAAAGUAUUUUUCAAAACAUAUUUAUGGAUCACAAAUUCUAAACAAUAUGAAAUCUUCAAUAGACUGCAAUCAAGCAAACGAUUAUUUAAAAACAGAAAUAAAAGUAAUAAAUUAUUAUAGUUAUAUUUUAACAGGGACUUUAACCAUUACAUUAUUAUUAUUAAUGUAUACAUCAUAAAACUGAAUCAUAGAAUUUAAUUUAAAACCAUUUAAUUCUUUUUUAGUUUAAAAGAAAUUUUAUAAUUCAAUAAUUUUGUUAGUUUUUGAUUCUUUUCCAUGUAUCCAUGUCUCCAUGUUCUCCAGUAAUGAUAUAUUGGUUUUUACUAUAAUGUGUGAUUUUUACAUUUUUUCUGUUUUUUUAACAAUUAUUCUACCAAUAUUUUUACUAAAAUCAAAAAAUUAUUUUGUUUAGUGAACGAAUUGAAAAUGUUAUAUUUUAUUAUUAAUAAAUGGAUAAAUUUACAUGUACAUGAAGUUUCAUCCCUCCCUCUCAAUUGGUACAACUGAAAAUGGUGUCUAAACAAUUUAAAACUUCCCUAUUAACUUGCAAAAUCAAUUUAUUUUUAAAUAGGACAACUUCAUGCAGCCCCCUCCACUUUUAUUGAACAGCAUCAGAAUAUCACCAAAUAAUUAUUGAGAGUUAAUUUUUUUUUUCUUUUUUUUUUUUUUGGAAAUUUUUACAAUGCCUAUAAUAAUGAUAAAUAUUUGCUAUAAGUAAAUUGACACAUUAAUAAUAUGAAAUAAUUUUAACUAAAAUAAUAUUCAUACAAGUUUUUUGAUUAUUAAAACAUUUAGAGAAGUAACAAUCAUGUAAUAUAAUUAAUCCCAAAAAUUGAUUUAGUACUGAAAAUUUUCAAAUAAAGAAAGAAGCUUUUCAAAAUUAAAAAUAUCCUAAUAAUAUUAUUAAUCAUAUAUCUACAAAACUGUUUGGCUAAAGUUCUAAAAAUAAAAUUUUUAUUUAAUAUUCUAAAUAAUGUUACUGUAUUUUUGUUCAAAUGUUGACAAAAAUUGUAAUAAUCAUAACAUUUGAAAACAUGUUUAACCAAACUUUGCUCAGAAUUAAGCAAUGAUUUAUCCUUGCAUACAGAUAUACAUUAAAAUGUAGGAUACAUAUUUAUUUAAUAAAUAUGUAUCCUGCCUCCCAACUUCUUACCUACAACAGUGAUACACAUGAUAAUAUCGGUCCUUUUUAUUUUGGGUAUUUGAAAAAAUUAAUUUUACAAAUAUCUUUUUAUACACUUAUAUUUAGAUAAUAUUUGAAUAGGUAAAUAUUUUUUGAUUUAAUAAUUAAUUUAAUGUAUUUUCUUGAUAUAGCUAAAGCCAAAGCAUCCUUUUGUAACAUGUAAAUUAACUGAAGAUAUAAACAGUGAUGAAAUUCAAACUAUGUUGGCUUUGUUUCGAGCUCAAGGUGGUAGAAUACUACCAAAUGAACCAGGAACAUCCAUUAAUCCUCAAAAGAAUACUGAAACAAAAAAAGAGAAACUAAUUGAUAUAUUUGAUCCUGUCAAUCAUCAAAGAUUGCAGGUGAUGUUUUAUAGUUUUUGUCCUGAAUCAAAUAAUGCACCAUCAUUUUGUGUUGAGCCAAGGUUUGUAAUAUUUAAUAUAAUCCCAUAUAUAGUAAUAUGAAUAGAAUUUCAUUUCAUAGUUUUAUUUUAGAUUGAUAUUUAUGGAGUUCUAUGGCAGUAAUGAUAUAUGCUUGGGUAAAUUCUUAGAAAGAUAUUGUUUUCGUGAAACAUAUGAAUGUCAAUCUAAUUUGUGCGAUAGCCCAAUGAAUAAACAUGAACGACGGUUCAUACAUGAAAAAGGUUGUGUUAGACUUUUGCUGUCCACAAUUAGUGGUCCUUUUAUCGAUCAUCCAUAUAAUGAAAAUUUAAUUUAUACUUGGUCAUAUUGUAAAAAAUGUUCAGUAGUAAGUUUAAUUCAUUAUUGAAAUUAAUUUUUUAAUUAGAGCUUGCUUGUAUUUGGUUACACUAGAAUUGAUUGAAGUAAACAAAAGAAAAAAUUAAAUUAAAAAUAUCAAUUUAACCCAAUAGUAAAAUUUACUUUAUUAAAAUGUUGAAAAUAGUUCCUGAAUUUAUGGCAUAGUCACAGAAUAAUAAAACAUCAUAUUUAAAAUUCACAUACUGACUGAAGAAUAGAUUGUAAUGUCACAUAUUCAAGAGGGUGUUCUUUAAUUUUCAAUAUUAAAAUAUUUUUGUUGUCAUCCUCUAUAUACGUAUGUAUAUGUAUAGAAAUAAACUACAAACAAUUUUAGGUGAAUCAGAUAAAUUUAAGCUGUGUCAAAUUGAACUUUAAGUUUAAAUUUGAUACAUUUUUCAUUAUUUAUGAAUAUUUAACAUUUCCAUAAAUAUUUUAUUAAUUGUCUAACAAUAUUGACAUUUUUAUCUCAAAUAUUUUAAAGUGAAUAAAUUUCCUGUAACUUUCAUAGAAAUAAUUUUUUUUUAUAACUCAUACCAUUUAUAAAGUACAUUGACUUGAUUCUAUAAAAUCACAAUUUUUGUAUUUUUUCAUAGGUAGGUAUAAUAAAUAAUCAUAUUGAUUAAUUAUGAUUAUAAUGUUACAUAAAUCUAUUUAAAGUUAUAUUUGUUUCUUAUGAAAAACAUUUUUAUCAUUAAAAAAAAAAUAAUGUUAUAGUGUACUUUUUUUACAAUCUGAAUAAAUUUUCUGAUGUUCUUGCACAAAUUUUAAUAUAAAUUAUUUUUGAUCUUAGUUUAAUGUUAAUAUUGCAUUGUAUUAUUUUAUCAGUUUAAUUGCUUUUUUUGCAAUAUCAUUUACUAUUUUUAAUGAAUUAAUAAUUUAUUUACCAUUAAUAAAGCUUGCAUUAGAUUCCCAGGAUGUUGGAUAAUUUUUUAUGAAUUUGUUAUCAAUAUUAAAUCAAGAAAAAAAAAAUUUAAGCUACCUUAUGAAAUCAAUGCAUCAAUAUUUGUUUCUGUAAAAAGUAAAAUGAAUUGUUUAUAUUUCAUUUUAUAAAUUAUUUCAUUUUUUUAUUCAUUUUAAAUAUAUCAUAUAAAUUAUGGUUUAUUCCUUACUUAGAAAUUGAUUAUCUAUUUGGUUGGGUUGAAUCAUUAGUCAUUUUAUCAGGUUUUUUAUUGCCUUUUUUUUUUAAAGACUUUUACCAUCUGAUGCUUUACUUCUAGUGGUAUAGAAUUAUCAAAAAAGAUAGUGCUGCAGUUUGUUCAUUUAAAUACCAUAAAUGAUUAGUUAAUUUUUGAAUUGAUAUUCUAGAUAUCUCUAUUGAAUUCCUCAUAUAAUUUUAAAUCUUUUAGAAAUUGUAUGUCUUGAUUUGGAGAUUUAUUCGACAGUGGGCAAUUAAACCAAGCUUCAACAUAAAAUUUUGUUAAAUUAAAACCGCACAAAUCUAUUUUUUUGCUGUUUUUAUAAAAUCAUUAAUAUUGUAUUGACUUCUAUACAAAAAUAUUUUUAAGCAAUAAAUUGCUCUUGCCAUCCACUAUGCUUGAUGCAUGACUCCAAGAGGGUGAAUUUUAAUUUUAUAUUCCGAAUCACCACCAAUAAAACUAAGUAUAAAUUCUAAAAAUUCAGGAUAAUCUCCACGAGAAUGUUUAAUUUCUAAUUUACUUUGAACAAAGUUUCGAAUAUCUUCCUUAACAUUUUCUAAAACAGCACCACAUGCACCAUCUUCAAUUCCAAUAUUAUAUUUAUAUAUAUCUAAUUAAUGCCAUUUUUUUAGAAAAUUUUAAAUAAUGCAAUGGCUGGGAUCAAUAUAACUUGUUUUAUUUUAAUUUCAAAAAGAGAUCUUAAAAUCAGCUAAUAAAUAUGAUACUUACAAGGAAGAUAAAAUAGAUCUUUACCUAAUUUUUGUUCUAUUAAAAUACAUGCUCCAUUUAAGCAGUCUAUAUUGAACACAGUUGUAUCACAACACAAUGCUUGAACAAUAAUAAAUAAUCCCCAUUUUUUUAAUACAUUACUCACAGCUGCAGCCUAUUUUUCGAUUGUUGAUCACUCAAGUUGUGGAAUGUUUAUAAUUUUUACUAUUUUAAUAUCUAUAUUUUGACUUUCCAUCAAGUUAAGGCAGUGUUACCACUGGGUGACUCCUCUCUUCAUUUCAUCAUGUUUUUUAUUUACUCAUUUAUCACAUAUUCUUAUUGUUCCUAGGAACAGAUUGUAUAUUCUUCGUAUAUAAAAUAAAAAAAAUAUUUUAACUUGUCAUCGCAAUUGGAAGUUGUUCAACAGUUGUAUUUUUAAUUUAAGUGUCUGGUAAUAAAUAUAUUUGUAUUAUGAUUAUUAUAAUUGAUAGAAAAAGUUCUAUGGAAAUUAUAUAAAAUUAUUUUAGCCAAUAUAUUAUUUAUUAUUAAUACCUAUCUAAUGCAGAUGAGUAUGAGAUAUGAAAAAAAUUAAUUUCUAUAAAAGUUCUAGGAAAAUAAUUUACUUUAAAAUAUUUGAGAUAAAAAAUGUUAAUAUUUCUAACAGUUAGUGAAAAAUUUACAGAAAUGAUGAAAAAUGUAUUAAAUACAAACUUUAAGUUGAAUUUGGCAUGGGGUUAACCCAUUUAUUUGUUUCACCUAAAAUUGUUUGUAGUUCAUUUUUAUACAUAUACACACCCAUAUAGAUGGUAAGACAAAACAUAUGAUAUUUUUUAUUCAUCAUAUAUAGUUAAGGAACACCCUAGUACUCACAUUUUUAAUUUUAUUAUUAUUUAAUAAUUGGAUUUUAUGUUUAUUAACUUUUUAUAUUUUAUAUAUGCAAUAAUAAUACUCAAAAUAUAAUUGAAGUAAUACAAUUAUGAAAACCUGCUUGUAAAAUCAAAAAGUUACUUCCUUAAAGCACCUAAGAAAUGUUUUUUAGAUAAUCCUGAUUUAUAUCACAUCAUUAGUAAAUAUUUAUUGUUUUUCCAUUUUUCCCAUUUAUUAAUCCAUUGGAAAAAUCAAAAAAUUACAUCUUUUAUGAACCAAUUAUAUCCAAAAUAACACAAAAAAUGGUUAUGUGUCAUUUUAGAUUGGAGUAAGAUUUCUGGUAGAAAAUUGCUCAGACACAAAAAAAAAACAAUCAAACCAAUAGUUUAAACUUGCUUUGCUCUAAAUCUAAAGUAUAAAUAGUAUAAAUAUGAAAUAUCAACACAAUUUCAAAAAGUUGCUCUCAAAAUGAUAAGAUUUUGACUUCAAAUUGUAUAAAAUAGAUUUAAAAUUAUAUUUAGUAAUAAAUUAGAGCAACAUAAGAAAUUUUGCAAAUGCAGCAGCAUCCUGGUUGUAAUUGUAAUAACUUUUUUUUUAGAUGACACCAAUAGUACCAAUCUCUAAUGAUACUUGGUCAUUUUCGUUUGCCAAAUACCUAGAAUUAAAAUUUCAUUCUCUGCAGUGUCUGUGUCGUGCAUUGCCCAAUUGCAAGCAUUGUUUAAAUAAAGAAUUUAUACAAUUUUUUGUCUUCAACAAAACAAUAGCAUCUUUUGAGUAUGUUUAAGUUAUUUUUACUGAUUUAAAUUAAUUAAAUGAUUUUAAAUUUUAUUAUUAUUAUUGUUAUAGAUACUUAAACAUUGGAAUUUGGGAAAUUAGAUUGCCUAGUUUAAAACUGAAAAUAGUACCUCUUAAAGUAAACCAAUAUUGUUCUGAUAUAUUGGAAGAAGUGAAGCAGUGGGCAUUAAUGGGCCAUGAAAUAUUCAACACAGUAAUGACAAAAAUUUGUUCUUUGGCCAAUGAAUCUAAUGGUAAAAUAAAAUACUUUUUUAUUACUUUUUUGAAUAAUAAAUACGUUGAUAACAAAUUAUGAUAUUUUCAGUAAAUUUUCUACCAAUACUACAACAAUUACAAAAGGAUCAAGGAUCCAUUAAACAAAAAGUAGAUGAUAUUAUACAAUUUCAAGUUUCUUCCUCAAUAUUAAACGAAAAGGAAACAAAUUAUGGUUAGGUUACCUUUAAUAAGUUUGCAUUUAUAGUGUACAUUAAAUUCUUUUAAUUUUGUUAUCAGAAAUGGUAUUUAAUACAAUUUGGAAGUUGGAUGAUCUGUUGGUUUUAUUAAGGAGAGCUAUAAACCAAGCUAUCAUUAACUGGAACUCCAGAUUAUUAAAAAUAGAAGUAGCUUUAAAAAAAGAUGAUAAAUCUCAGAAAAAAAGUGAAUUUAAAUUGAAUACUAUGUCUGAGGUUUUAGAGGAGAUUAUGAACUUUGAAACAAAUUCAGAUCAUUAUAUGGAAGGAAACAACAUUACAAGUGUUCUGAGUCAAAAUUCAUUAACUUCUGAAUCAGAAGAAGCUUUUGAACAUGAUUUUGAAAAUCUAAAUGAUUCAGAUAUGUCUUUCAGUGGAAAAUGUAAAUUAUUUGUUCCACAUACAAGAGCUGAUAUGACAACAGCCAGUGAAAGUUAUGCACUCAAUGAUUGUCAGUACAAUUUUGGUAUAAAAUUUAAUUGUUAACAAAAAUAAUAUAUUUCUUUUUUUUUUUUUUUUAGGUGACAAUAAUUUAUCAAAUGAACCCAAGUCCCAAAUUACCUUACCACAAACAGAUAAAAAAAGUGUCAAAACAAUUCUAUCACAAUUAUUACCAUCAUCCACACUACCUACAAUUAUCCCGGUAAAGAAAUGUUGGAAAUGCAUAGUAGAAAACACAAUAUAAAUUAUUUAUAAUUAUUUUGUUUUUAUAGAAUCCGAUUGAAAUUACAGAACAUCAUGUUUUAAAUAUACAUUGCCAUAUACCUAUAUCAAUUUAUGAAAAAGAACCCAGUUCCAUUAUUGCAUUCACAUUAAGUACAUCUUUUUACCAAAACAAAAUUUCAAACACUGAUCCAAUGUGAAUUAAAAUAAUUUAAUAUUAAAUUUAUACACAUUAAAUAUGUAUUAUUUUUAAUCAUAAAUAUUGUCUAAACAUUUUAAUAGAUCUAUUAUUGAACAUGCUGAACAAGAAGAAGAUCCUAAAGAAACUGACAAAAAAUCAAAACAACAUAUAAAUGUAAGUAUUAUUUUGUUGAAUUAAUACUUGAUUUUAAAUAUAUAAUUAAUUUAUAAUUUGUUUACAGAUUACUUUCUCAGAUUCUACUACUAAUUUUUAUGUAAAAGUUUAUUUUGCCAAACAAUUUGUAAAACUAAGAGAGGCAUUCUUUGUAUCAAGAGAAGAAAUGUAUAUACGGUCCUUGCAAAGGUGUAUAUCAUGGUCAGCUCGAGGAGGAAAAUCUGGUUCAAAUUUUUGUAAAACAAGAGGUAAUUUAAAACUUUGAAUAUUUUAUGUGAUUAUUUUAAUUAAUUUUUAUUAAUUUACUUAAUAAUUAUUUAAUAUUAUUAUUAGAUGAUAGGUUUAUAUUGAAGGAAAUGUCUCGGUUAGAGAUAAUGUCAUUUUUGGAGUUUGCCCCUCAGUAUUUUGCAUACAUGCACUCUCGUCAAACAAAUAAGCGACCUACUUUAAUGUGUAAAAUUAUUGGUGUUUAUAAAAUAAAGUAUCGCAAUACUAUCAAGGGAUCAUCAUCAUUUAAUUCCAACUUAUUAGUAAUGGAGAAUCUAUUUUACAAUAAAACUAUUUCUCGUAUAUUUGAUCUAAAAGGAUCAGUGAGAAAUAGAUUAGUUGAUCCAAACUCACAAGAUGGAGAAAUAGUAUUAUUGGAUGAGAAUCUUAUAAAAAGUAAGUUAUUAUACUAAUGUAUAUUAUAUUAUUAUAUAUUAAUAUUGUUUUACAACUAGUUUAAUAAUUAGGAUUGAAAUGUUUAUAUACUAAUAAAUUAGUAAAUACGAGGGUUGUCCCAAAAGUAAUGCACAGCGCGCUCUAGCUGUCUUGCAAUGUGAUAUUAUCAGCUGAUUUUAGUAUCAGUUUGUAGCUUGAAGUCUAACGAACACGUGCGUUUUCAGUUUUAGUUGUUUUAGUAAAGAAUGAUGAUGUGUGAGAGCGAUAACGAAAGUGUGAAUAAUUCGUCGGCUCACAUUUCUGUUUUUGAGCAACGCGCAUACAUUAAAAUCGAAACGAUUCGUGGUAAAACAGUGCCUGAAAUUCAUGCCGCGUUAAAUGAAGUGUGUGGAAUGGAUACUGUGGAUCGUAGUACGGUGCAAAGAUGGCAUCAGCGAUUCCGUGAUGGUCGUAUAAGUNUACGAUAAACUUGGGAUAAUUGUCACUGAUCGAGUUCCAAUUGGCAGUAGUGUAACCGGGGAUUACUACAAAACAUUCCUUGCCAAAAAAUUGCGACUAGAAAUCCAUAAAAAGCGACCAGGAAUGUUACAAAAUGGUGUGUCCAUAUUGCACAAUAAUGCGCGGCCGCAUAUCGGAGCACCAGUCGUCGCUCUUUUGGAGAAAUAUGGAUGGGAACGCCUCAAACACCCACCGUAUUCGCCGGAUUUAAGUCCCCCGGACUUUGAUUUAUUUCCAAAACUGAAGGAACCACUUAGAGGGAUCCGUUUUCCCAACUUAGAUAUACUAAAUGAAGAAGUGAGCCGAAGGAUCCGUGAACUCAACAAAGAUGGCGUCCUAUGCGGCAUUCAAGCGCUCCCGAAACGAUGGCAAUCGUGUAUAGACAAGCAGGGAGAUUAUAUCGAAGGUCUAUAAUAUUGUAUUUAGUUUAAAAUAAAAACUUAUUUAUUCAGAGCAAAUUGUGGGACAACCCUCAUAUGUAUGCAAUUGUUCACUAAAACAUAUCUUAAAAAUAGGCAAAUCAUGCAUUAAAAAUAAUACAAAUAUUUAGACACAAAAUAUAUAACAUCAAAUAAAUAUAGAAACUAAUUUACCUAUUUUUAAAUAGUAUUAUUUAAUUAUUAUCUUCAAAAUUUGAAAAUAUGAAAAAAUAAAAGUUAAAUGUUUAUAAUUCAGACACUAUAAAACAAAUUUUUAUUUAAGAAUCCAUUCAAUAGGAUAGUUAAAAAAAAUGUACAAAAACAUAAACAUCUCCAUCCUAUUAAUAAUUGUGAUUUUUAUUUUAGUGUCAUGUGAAUAUCCAUUGUAUGUUCACUCUCAUUCAAAAAUAAUUUUAAACCAAGCUAUCAACGAAGACACAGAGUUUCUUAGCUCGCAAUUUAUUAUGGAUUAUUCUCUUUUAGUUGGUUUAGAUGAAGAUUCCAAUGAAUUUGUUUUAGGAAUCAUUGGUAAUGUAUAAUUUAAUUUAUUCACAUUGUAGUCAGGCUUAUUGGAAUGAUUAUUAUAUAAUUUUGUACCAAUAAUAAGUUAACAUUUUUAACCUGUACAUUUUUUACAGACUACAUUCGUACUUUUACUUGGGACAAGAAAAUAGAAACAAUAGUGAAAAAAUCAGGACUUCUUGGUGGUCAAGGUAAAUUGCCAACAAUUAUUUCCCCUGAAGAGUACAAAAGUCGAUUUGUUACUGCGAUGAAUCUAUACUUUUUAUCAGUGCCUAAUAGAUGGACAGGCAUGGCUAAAGAUUUUGAACAUCAAUUUUAG